CACAUGCAGCAGCUGGUCAUGCUGUUGAUGUUGUGACAAUUCAACUCGUCUUAUCUUGUGAAGAUCACCAUUUUCUAUAUAGCCGCCCUUGUUGCGAACUACCUCAGCCAGCCAGAAAUAGGACCUUUGAUCUUAUUUCUACCUCCAUGCAUUGAUCAAUCCUAUCGCUGGUCGAUCGUUGCUCUACAUCAGUCAUCAUGCAUGGGUGAUUUGCACUGACUUGAACUUCGUACCCAAAAGGUACGUGUGCUAAACUAAAAUUGCAAUGUUGUGGUGCAAUAAUAUUGCAACAUUGGCCGAUGUACAAAACAGCGCACAUGCUGUCUCGUCUUCAUUGUCAACAACUGAGCUGCUCGGUUGUUUAGUGUUUAGUUUAGGCGUUCGUUGUCCACCGUGAACCGCUUGUUUGUAAAGUUGUCUCUCGGUAAGUUGCAGUCAGUAGAGUCAGGAUCACAUUGCUUGCCUGUGCUGUGUUAGUGUUAUCCCAUUUCGAGUGUCUACCUACGGGCCUACGGCUUCGCUUUUAUUGAGGUAGCACUAUGUUCAACCUGGAGUGGGAAUGGUUCUGUGGAAAGAACAAUACAGACUUGAGGAAAGACCAAUCUGAAUGGACCAGCAAUACGUGUUUCAUCAAUGGGCUAACAGCACUCCCCCCUGUGACGUUUACAGUAGUCUCCUCUCUAGCCUUACUCCUGACUUUAUGUUUCUCCGAAUCCAAGCCUAAAACCAAGUACUUAUUGCUGUAUCCAGGACACACCGCUCGCUGGGUGGUUAGCUUGAUUUCACUCCUGGUACUGGCUGCAGCUGUCGGUGAGGGCGCCCUCACUGACGCAACGUACAGAGCAUGGCAGCAUCCAACACAGCCGCAUCUGUACGUUCCCGGUGCCGCAUCGUUGGUUGCAAUGACACUGUCUCUUAUCUACUACCAUCACAUGGAGCUAUGGCAGACACCGUCAAUGUCUAUCCCUCUUGGAUGCUACUGGGCUACAGCUGCGGCAGGAGAGGGUUUACGCCUCAUUAACUUCAAACAAUUAAAACUAAUUGACGUUUACUUGUUGCGGUUUGAUUCAACAAUUACUAUGCUGGUGAUCCUCUGCAGCCUGUUCCUCAUUGAAGUCAAUCUAAUAAGAAUUAAAGUCUUGUGCAAACAGAAAGUUAGUUACAAGCGCAUCCACACGGACCUUACAAACCCAAACAUGCACUUCCUGAGCAGCUACGUCAAUCUUCCUUCGUCGGUGACCCUCUGGUGGAUGAACUGGCUGAUUGCAAAGGGUUACAAGAAACCUCUUGAGAUUACUGACUUGGGUGACAUACCGGAGUACCACCAGGCACAACACAAUCACCGUAAAUUUAAGGAAGCCUUUGAAAUUGAGCAGGCCAGGGCAAAGAGGAAAGGUACUAGGCCAUCUAUGUGGAGGAUCUACUUAAUGGUGUAUGGAUUUGUGAUGCUGAAGUCUGCUGUGCUGAAGAUAAUCUAUGACAUGUUGAACCUUAUCGGUCCUCUAUGUAUAGGAGCUCUUACAGCUUAUGUUGUUUCACUCGCCUAUCCUGAUGAAUCGCAGCAGCUGGUGGAACCGCAUUUUGUCACAUUCAGGGAGUUUUUCACCAACGGCUUUGUCUUGAUCGCAGUCUUAUUCCUUGCACUGUUAGUGAAGUCAAGCUUCUUUACCAGAUACUUUCACAUCGUCUACUUGGAAAGUGCAAAUGUCCGUGCUGCACUUCAGACUAUGGUGUUUGAGAAGGCACUGAGACUGUCUACCUUUGCUACCACUGGAGGCCAGAUGACCAUGGGUCAGAUUACCAACCAUAUGGCCAGUGACGCAACCAACAUUAUGACAUCGGUGCAGACGGUUAACUUCUUGUGGUCUUCGCCCAUCAAGAUUACCUUAAUCCUUGUGUUGACGUACUUCCAGAUUGGUCUAUCAGCACUCAUUGGUGCUUCGUGCUUUCUAAUAGUUAUACCUUUACAGGCUAAAGUGGGAGCCAUCCUUGCAAGUAGACAGAAGGCCAUCUUACUUUGUGCGGAUCAACGUCUCAAGCAAACCAAUGAAGUUCUCCAAGGAAUCAAACUACUGAAGAUGUACGCAUGGGAGCAACUCUACUGCGAAGCUAUAGAAGCUGUUAGGAAAAGAGAGCUCCGCCAUCUACUUUGGAUAAAUACUUGCCUUAUUGUUUCAGUUUUCAUGACGCUGGGCUUACCUUUCUUGGUAACAUUUAUGGCAUUUAGCACGUACACCCCUCUCACUGGUAAGCUUCUGACGCCUGAUAUAACGUUCUCUACUCUGGCACUGCUCAAUGAGAUAGCUAUACCACUGUACAACAUUCCAUUGUCACUGUCAGCGUUUGUUAGCGCGGUCGUCAGCUCUCGGCGCUUGAUGACGUUCCUCUUGGCGCCCGAGGUAGAAGGGAGGCAUAAAACAUCGGAGGAACAUGACGACGAUCUGGAGCCCAAAGUCAAGAUACAGGGUUCUAUUGGUACGCAAACUAACAACGAAGACCUGGAUGGGAAUGAGCUGAUAGAGAUGAAUGAGAUUUCCAAAGCAGACUAUGGUGAGACUGUGCCCCAGUGGAGUUCACACUCACCAGCAGUAAAGAUCUCUAAUGGUAAUUUUUCCUGGGAUCCUGACAGCGAGUCAGCGCUGCUUGCCGAUAUUAAUGUGGAGAUACCUGCUGGGAAGCUGACCAUGGUGAUAGGACAGGUCGGUAGUGGCAAAUCAUCUCUUCUGUCGGCCAUCUUGGGUGAAAUGGCAACACUCUCUGGCAAUGUUGAAAUCAACCAAGAAAAAGGACAGAUUGCUUUUGCUGCACAAAAACCAUGGUUGCUGAAUGCAUCUUUGCAAGAAAACAUUCUAUUUUCAUCCGACUUUGAAAGUAAAAGGUAUAACGAUAUAUUAGAGGCGUGUGCACUCCAACCAGAUAUCUCUAUUUUACCAGCCGGGGACGAGACUGAGAUUGGAGAGAAAGGUAUCAACCUAAGCGGAGGACAGAAACAGCGAGUUAGCGUCGCACGUACCAUGUAUGCAGACAGGGAUAUCAUUAUACUGGAUGAUCCAUUGUCGGCACUCGACGUCCAUGUUGGUCGACAACUAUUUGAAGAAGGCAUUAUAAAGCUACUUCUGAACAGAAAGAAAACUGUGAUUCUUGUUACUCAUCAACUGCAGUAUCUGAACAGGGCUGAUCUUAUACUGGAAAUGAAAGAUGGUCGCAUUGCCGCCAUUGGGGACCUGGAUGACAUCAUUAAAGCUGAUCCUGAGAUGUAUGAAGAGAUCAAACAAGUGGCAGCAGUGGGAUGGGACGACAAUCGCGCAGAAAGUGCUGAGGAAGAACGCCACAUCUUGCAGCAAAUGGUCUCCAAAAUUUCUUUAGAGGAUGACAAAGAGAAAGGAGACCUUGUUGAGAAGGAGGAGAUUGCCCGGGGCGCCGUUUCAAUCCAGAGUUAUUUAUACUUAGUGAGAUCUAUUGGAUGGGGCUUGAGUGCUGUGACUAUUCUAGCUUUCGUCGUUCACUCUGGUUUCGCUGUCUCAACAAACUUUUGGCUGUCCGGUUGGUCAGAAGCAGGUUUGUCCAACGAGAGCCAGAGGUCACAAGAUGCAUUCCUAGUUGGCUACGCAUCGUUAUCGUUAGCCUCGGCCCUCAGUCAACUACUCUCUGUAGCAGCAGUCAUGAUGUCUUUCUGGAUUGCUGCUAAGCGUUUACAUGCUAGAAUGUUGAGGAAUAUUAUACGUGUGCCUCUAAGAUUUUUCGAUACCACUCUUAUUGGACGAGUGCUGAACCGAUUUUCAAAUGAUGUGCAGCAAGUUGAUUUUAGAUUGGCGAAUAAUAUGAAUGGGCUUCUGAUCACUAUUAUGCAGUGUAUAUCCUCGCUGGUCGUUGUUUCCAUAGUGAUGUACCUCUUUGUCAUUUUCAUCGUUCCUAUAGUCGUCGUUUACUUCAUCCUCCAGAAAUACUUCCUUGCCUCAUCCAGGGAGCUUCAACGAUUAGAAAACACAAGUAAAUCACCAGUGUUGGCUUACUUCUCCGAGAGUCUUGGAGGCCUGUCAACACUCCGUGCAUACGGGUAUGAACAGAAGUUCUUCAGGACCAUAUUAAAUCUGAUUGAUAAAAACACAGCGGCGUUUGUAUAUGUCCACUCAUCAAUGCGAUGGUUGGGAUUCCGUCUGGAUUUUUUGGGUUCUCUACUCGUCUUCUUUGCCACUCUGUCAACAUUGACUGGUGCAGUGUUGUUUGGCAUCGACCCGAGUCUGGUUGGACUUAGUGCAACGUAUGCUCUUCAGGUUUCGGUGUACCUGAAUUAUCUUGUGGUGAACCGCUCCAUGGUUGAGAUGAUGAUGAAUGCAGUGGAACGAAUCCAGUACUUCACCGAAGUCAAUACUGAAGACUAUGGAGGUACGAAACCACCAUCCAGUUGGCCCCAAAAGGGAGACAUAAGGAUAGAGGAUAUCUCGGUCCGCUAUGCCUCGGAUCUUGAUGCAGUCUUAACGGGUGUUUCAAUUCACUGCAAGGCUGGUGAAAAGAUUGGUAUCUGUGGUCGCACAGGAAGUGGGAAAUCAUCAUUGGCUCUAGCUCUUCUGAGGGUUAUUGACACUUUUGAAGGUUGUGUAUUUAUCGACGAUGUCGACAUUAAAUCUGUACCCCUGACGACACUCCGAGGUCAAAUGUCUAUUAUUCCACAAGACCCUGUGCUUUUUACUGGAUCAAUAAGGCACAACCUUGAUCCUGAAGAGACGCUUUCUGACAAUGAUUUGUGGCAUGCUUUGGAGAUUGCACAAAUGAAGCUUGUUGUAUCCAAUCUCGAUGAAGGAUUAGAUGCAAAGGUGACAGAGGGAGGAGAGAAUUUCAGCGUUGGACAACGCCAGCUUUUUUGCUUAGCUCGGGCCUUUAUAAGAAAGUCUCGCAUUCUUAUCAUGGAUGAGGCAACUGCCUCAGUUGACAUGGAAACGGAUAAACUACUUCAAACAAUUGUGGCAACUGCUUUCAUUGACCGAACAGUCCUAACGAUAGCACACCGCAUAGCAACUAUCAGGUCAUCCGACAAAAUUCUCGUCUUGGACGCUGGACACGUAGCAGAAUUCGGGCCUCCUGACGAACUGCUUGCAAAUGAGGAGGGAAUAUUUUCAAGUUUAGUCAGGGAUCACUGACAGCAGCCAAGUAUCAUAUCUACUACUGCUCAUUGAGAAAAGGUUCUGAAACUUGCUUAGCACAGAAUUGUUUUGCUGAACACAAACGGGUAAUCAUCGGAAAUUACUUGACAUUUACACUAUUGUGACUUUAGCCCCAUUCAAUUUUUGCGUAGCAAAGAAAUGUGUCAAGCAGUAUUUUCUGGGUGAAAUUUGGCCCUGGGCCGAGGAGUGUGCAGAUUCCUUUUGUUGUUUGUUUGUUUGUUUGUUUGUUUGUUUGUUUGUUUGUUUGUUUGUUUGUUUAGAUUAUCUUCCCAUCAAGGGAACUCACACUUCCCUUAAAGGGAUAUAAAAACCAAACUGGUAACAGCCAAUCUCUCUCAUACCAACAUAUGUUUAAUGUCUAUGAUUAUGAAUUGCACAAAUCAAGAAAUUGUGAU